AUGUACCAUUACUCUAGUCCACCUCCGGGGUGGUCCUCGUUCGACUACAUGAACUCCCCCCCAACUUCGCCUCACUACGCCUACUACGCCACCCAGUUCGCCAGCCCUUAUACAUCGCCUCGAGGCACCUCCAAGCGUCAUCAGCGCAAGGCAAGCUACGCCGCCCCUACCAAGGACACCGGGUCAUGGCAUUCCGGUUACAACCACAGCUUCUACGAAGCCAUGCCCGAAUAUGGCACCCCGUCGAGUAAGCACGAGAAUGUAAGUGCUUUUUUUGGUGCCAAUCCGUCCUCACGUCGUCGCGGAACCAUGCCGAGUGCCCCCGCAGGUAUCUGGGAUAAUGGUGGUCCUCCGCGACCGCAGUCAUUCCGGAAGCGAUCUAUCUUUGUGGAUGUGGUCGAUGAUGGAUUCGAUGAUGCUGUGCCCCGAUACGCCUCUCGCGAGGAACUAAACAAGUCCCGCCGGCGCCCGUCAACGCCGCAGCGGAAGCAAAAGCCCCCAACUGAUCAAUAUUUUUACUCUACCCAGGUUCCUGUCUAUGAUGACGCCGAUGCCGCCAAACGAUCCCGCGCUCGCCGUCAGUCGACGUCGACGCGGAACCCCCCCAAGCCCACCACCAAGCCUGCAACCGCCUCCAAACCACCCCCCAAAGCCACUGAGGCCGACGCCACCCGUGCGGGAAUCCCGGCCGGUUAUUCGAUCAAGAACUGGGAUCCCACGGAGGCGCCCAUCAUCCUGCUCGGCAGCGUAUUCGAUGCCAACUCUCUCGGCAAGUGGAUCUACGACUGGACUGUCUUUCACCACGGUGCUUCAACUCCAAUGGCCGAUGUCGCGGGCGAACUCUGGCUGUUGCUAAUUAAACUGGCGGGUAAGGUGAAGCGGGCCGACGAGUGCUUGGACCGGAUCCAGGACCCGGAUGCGCAGGAAACGGUGGAAGACUUUUUGGAAAGUGGAGAGCGCUUGUGGGCGCGAUUUAAGAAGCUGCUAAGAACUUGCGAACAGUUUAUGUGGAAGGCGGCCAACCGUGAAGGGGGCAAGGGCACGGUGUCGAUGGGCCGCAACGCCGGAUGUGAAUUUGUGGAUUCCAUCUUUGGUCGCGAUCGCGAGUUGGAGUACACGGAAAAGCUCAUGAACAGCAUCCGUGUGUGGAAUAUGCGUUUUGAUGCCAACUGUGAGGAGAUUCUUCGGAAGCGGACAGUCUAA